AUGGCGGAAUCAUUCUAUACCUCCUCGUCAACACCGGGCAUCGGCGUUCCUGUUCCCGCGCCAUCAUCUCCUAUACCCGCAUCCCCAAUCGCUCCGAAUAUGGGCGCAGCAGCAACAGUAACACCGACGCCUCCUCCCCCUCCACCCAAACCUACAGGUCCAUCACAUACUAUCAACUUGAACGACACCGCCGAUCCCAGUCUCCCAAGACCGCCAUCAGCACAUCCCUCCUCGACACCAACACCUAGCAUCCCGAACCCCUCAGCAACACAGCCAGGCACAAUAAACUCGCCUCGUCCGCCUCCCCCAAUCCCAACAACAGCCGCACAAUCAGGACUGGGGUCAUCUACGCCUGUCCUCCCUCAAGGACAACAAGCGCAGCAAUAUACUCCGAUACCGCCUCCGUCGUUGGCCGAUCGCUGGAUACCCAAACAACUCGAAGACAAGCCCAUCAAGGAACUCCAUCCACUUGUCAACAACCCAUCCCUUCUGGCGUCCUUGGCCACGACUCAUCCUUCAUAUGCCUCCUCGCUCGUCCCACUAGAGUCGGCCAUCCAGGCCAACAUUCAGCUGGCCCAACAAGUGUCACAGUUGGAAAGCCAAUUACGGCAACUGCGCGAUGAAACCGCUCAAUUGCUUCUGAAUCAUACUUCCCUACAGAGUCAGUGGAGGAGAAAACAGAGUGAGAUGGACGAUGCAUUGGAGCCUUGGGGCCCGAGGCAGAUGUAUCAGCGGUUGGUGGCGAGCAUUGGUGAACAAGAAGCCGUGCUGCGAGCCAUUCAAGAAAGCUUCAUGGAAGGGAGCUACGAUGGCAAUACGGGCGCGGAUGGAAAGGCCAGUGAGAAGGAGGUGACUGACUGGGUUCGUAGGAUCCGAGAAGGUGCUACAACGCUGGCAAAGAGACGGGAAAUGCGAGCUCGCUGGGACGAGGGAAGAGUCGGUGGAUGGAGAUGA